UGAAGGAAGAAUCUUCACUAACUUAUUAGACAUGAAAGUGCUGCAAUUAAUAAUUGAACUUCAUUCAGAAUUUACUUGUUGAGCAAUCAACCUCACAAUUUACAACAUGCUUUAUUCGUGUUUGUGGCUUCUUUUUAAUUGCUUAAUCCUGUCAUUUGCAGCGAUUCCUCAAAAUCCUGGGAUUUGUAAUAAAAAGUUUGAGGGAAAUAAGACUGUUGUUGAAGAUCGAAUUGGGGAAGCAAAACUUCUAAUUUGUGACAGCGAUGGACAGGAAUUUCGUUGGAGGAUGGUUGAUGGUGUUUCAUACGGAAAUGUAUUUGAUCCAGCUAAGGACUGCUCGGAUAUCAUGGAUAGAGUUUCUGAAGCUCGAACCGGCGUUUACUGGAUACAAACAGAACAUGGGCCGCAAAAGGCUUGGUGUGACAUGGAAACAGAUGGCGGAGGAUUUAUGUUGAUAGGAGUACAAGAUUCUCCAAUAACCUGGGAUGUACCAUCAUACCCAAAACUAAUAAAACCAUUAGAUACUAGGCGUUGGUCAAGCUCAUUUGGAAACAUGUUUAUUCAAGAAUUUCGUAUUCAAGUAUCGAUUUCAAAGAGUUUUGAUAAUACCAAAGCACAUUGGUAUUAUCAUUUCCACUCUCCAAGAAAACUGACUGAAUUACUCCUGCGGGAUUCUGGAGGCUGCAGCAGACUCUUUCCUGGUGUGGGAAAUAUUCAGUAUGUAAAAGACCUAAGAAGCAACAAAAUAAUCACGACAAAUUUUAAUUGUUCAAGAUUUGGUUCUCAUUUUCAUAAAAACUUCGGUUGGGGAAAGAUGAAUCAAUGCCUCGGAUCACCUUGUAAAAAGGGAUUUGCUCAUCUAAAAUUAUCUACAACUGGCUCAUUUAGUUUCAGCUCUGUGUCUCCAAGAUCGGGCAUUUCUGAUAGUUCAACCGCAUUUGUUGGUUGUGAUUCUGGAAAGUGUUGUGUUUGUUAUGGUCCCGACAGCAACCGAGACUACUGUGGUCCAAAGUGCAAAGCAAUAAACGGUGGUACAGUAAUAAGUAAUAAAAACAAAAUUCACACUUGGUUUUGGGUGCGUUCAGGUUUACCAAAACGUCUUUGGAAGAAAUGUAUGGAAUAUAGAAAGAUGGAUAAGAACGGGAAAAUUUUUUUAUGGCACGUCAAUAAAGAAACGGAAGUUCCUCAAAAGGGACCAUGUGCGUAUCCUGGAGAAGUGAGACUAAUUAAUGGUAUUGCUGUUGUACAAGACAAAACAAAAUUGCAAGCUCUACCAAAUAUCGAGGGACUCCUUUCAUAUCGCAUGGAUAACAGAGAUAUUUAUUUCAGAGGAAAAUACAAGUGGAAUGAGAUCGCCAAAGAAAAACAGAUUAAUGCAUUGAAGAAAGACUUAAUACAAAUCAGCAAAACGUUGAAAAUAGUAGAACAAGAGAACGAACACUAUGCAUCAUGUAAGGACGUUAAAAAAAAAACAGGAUCAACAAAACCUGGUAGUUACAAAAUCAAAUAUCCUGCGAAUGGUUUCACUAAUGUGUAUUGUCACUUGACAUCGCUGCCCGGAUGUUCUGGAGGUGGAUGGACAUUAACUAUGAAAAUCAGUGGUCAUAAGGACACUUUCCAUUAUUCAUCCAAUUAUUGGAGCAACAAAGACGUUCAUAAUGUUGGAGGAGGAACAACUGGAUUCGAUGAGCAAGAAACGAAACUUUCUACUUACUGGACCACCUCAUUUAAUGAAAUUUGUUUAGGAAUGAAACAAGGAAAUGACUUAAGAUUUAUAUCUAUUUCAUAUAAAGCUUCAUCCUUAUAUGGUAUUAUAGCAGAUGGAAAAUAUCGUAAGACAAGCAUUGGAAGAUCAAAAUGGCUUUCCUUAGCAGCGAAUGCUGACAUUCAACGAAAUUGCAAUUUGGAGGGAUUUAAUGUUGAUCCGGUAAAACGUGGAAGAUUCACAAAAGUUCGAAUAGGAAUACUUGGAAACCAAGAAAAUGAUUGUAGAUCCCCAGAUUCGUUUUUUGGGUUUGGUGGUGUUUCCUCGUUUAACCGUGUCCAUUGCUCAAUGCCAAAAAUACCAAAUACUAGUGGAAACAGCGCGUACUGUCGUCUAUCGGGUGGAAAUAUAGAAAUACGUACAAUGGGUUAUGUUUUAGUUCGCUGAAGUAAUAACUUUACUUUUAAACUUAUUUGAUACUUGUGUAUUUUUUUUGUUACAUUUUAGAUAUAGCUUUCAGGUACGGAUUUAAGAAUUCUAGUACAAACACCAAAAAUAUAUGACGUCGUACAAAAUUGUUUUUGAAUAUUAUCAUUCAAACAGUCAAAUUCUUUAGUAAAGCGAAUUGAUUUGUUAGAAUUUCAAUAAUAAAACUUGAUUAUGACGAUGAUGAA